AUGGAUCGUAGCUUGGACGAGAUCAUCGCCGAAGACACCCGGGGCAAAGGUCGUCCUUCUGGUGAUCGUCCUUCUGGCGGUCGGCGCAGCCAACCUCGUCGUCGCGGUGACCGUGAUGGUGUUAGAAAGCCUUACGCAAAGGACUCUGUGAAUCUGAACCUCGACUGGGUGCACGACAAGUUUGAUGAUGACCGUGAUUCUCGUCCGUCUCGUGGAACUCGCCAUGCUGGUCGUUCAGGUUCGCCUGGCCGUGUCGGUCCCGCCUUGACCAAGGUUCGCGUGGAAAACCUCCACUACGACAUCACCGAGAGCGAUCUGGAAGACCUCUUCGGCCGAAUCGGCCCCGUCCAAGAACUUUCCCUCGUUUAUGACCGCGCUGGACGCUCCGAGGGCGUUGCUUUCAUCACAUACGAGAGACUGAGAGAUGCACAUGAAUCCGUCCGCGAGUUUGACGGUGCUAACGCAAAGGGCCAACCCAUUCGCCUCUCCCUUGUGCCAGGUCGCCGCGAGCGCACGGGUGGUACCCUCUUCGACCGCGUGGAACGCCCAGUGAGCCCCGAGAGUGAAACCGAAGGUGGAGACCGACGCCGGCGUGGAGCUGGCGGCCGUGGCCGCCGCAGCGAUAUGACCAAGCCCGCCCCCGAUCACAUCGACCGCUACAUCCCCGGUCAACGCGACACAGCUCACCGCAGCGGUGGCCGGCGUGGAGGUGGACGCGAGAGCCGUCCUCGCAAUGCGGAGAAUCCAGGCCGUCGCUCGAACGCCCGUCCCCGAAAGACACAGGAGGAGCUGGAUCAAGAGAUGGAAGAUUACUGGGGCAACAAGGACGCCGAUACCGAGGGUACUGGGGCGCAGCCGGUCCAAGACGCACCGGUGGCUGCUGAUGCUCCCGCAGCUGUGGCCGCGCCUGCUGUUACGGACAAUGAUAUCGAUAUGAUUGAGUGA